GAUAGAUAGUACUCCGUAGUUAGUAGAGAGAACGUAAGUACGUAGGGCAAGGGGAAGAGAGAGAGAGAGAGCGCGGAAUGAAUGGGGGUUAACAAAGUGUGGAUUUGUGCGCGAAAGAAGAAAAGGCAAAAUACAAGCAAUAGGGAAAACAUGGAAUGGCGUCUGGAGUACGACAACUUCAGUCAGGCACAGGUCCUAUUUUUUUUCUCUUCUCUGCUGUACUCUUCUCCUUCAUGGUUAGCCACUGUGGAAUAUGGAGGACCUACUCCAUAAUUUUCUUUUCUGUUUUAUUUGACUCUACGUUUCGUUCCGUGCACUCUCCAUUUGUGGCAGUUUUGGCGUGCGGGAAUUCAUCAUAUCCAUAGGGGGGCGGCGUGGGUGUGGAAGAGGUUACGGAGUACGGUGGGCUCGCAAGCUU